CAUGACCUUUUCAAAUCUCGCGAUCAACGAGAUCAAAGCAAACAACACAGUUCGCGCUAAAAUUAUGUCAAAUUUUAGCCAAAUAUAAACAAAAUACAUAUUUGCAAUUAAAUUGCAGUGUGCUAUAUGUAGUAAAGAAUUGAAACAAAUCAUACUGCAUCCUCAGAAUAAAUAAUGCCUGGUUAUUUAAAGUAUAUUGAGGUGGACAACUUCAAGUCCUACCUCGGUAAACAAAAGAUUGGACCUUUCAAAAAGUUUUCAGCAAUCAUUGGGCCUAAUGGAUCAGGAAAGUCCAACCUUAUGGAUGCAAUUAGUUUUGUACUUGGUGAGAAAACAUCUAAUCUACGUGUGAGAAGGCUAAGUGAUCUGAUUCAUGGUGCUCCAGUUGGUAAACCAGCAGCUAAUAGGGCUUCAGUGACAGCAGUGUAUGCUGACCAAGUAACAGAGAAGGAGACAGUGUUCACCAGAAUCAUACAUGGAUCGUCAUCUGAUCAUAAAAUCAAUGGACAGUCAGUAUCAUCAUCACAGUACAACCAAGAGUUGGAGAAAAUCGGUGUUCUUGUAAAGUCCAAGAACUUCCUUGUCUUCCAGGGAACUGUUGAAAGUCUUGCCAUGAAAAAUGCCAAGGAAAGAAUGGCAAUGUUUGAAGAAAUAAGCAGAUCAGGAGAACUAAAGGAGGAUUAUGACAAGGCUAAGGCUGAGAUGUUGAAGGCUGAGGAAGACACACAGUUCAACUAUCAUAAAAAGAAAGGUAUUGCUGCAGAGAAAAAAGAGGCCAAGUUAGAGAAAGAUGAGGCAGAAAGAUACCAAAAACUUAAACAAGAACUGGAAGACAAACAUUUGGAUCUGUCACUGUUACGUUUAUUCUACAAUGAGAGAGACAUAGACAAGGUAACAGAGGAUAUUAACCACAAGAAUCAUGCCCUGCAGAAAGAGGUGAAGAAAAAAGACAGGAUUGAAGACGAGAUCAAAGAAAAAAAGAAAGAACAAGGCAAGCUUCAGAGAGAACUGACAAAAGUAGAGGCAACCAUAAAAGAGAGUGAAGUUGAGCUGAACAAGAAAAGACCACUGUAUAUAAAAGCCAAAGAGAAAACAGCCCAUAUGAUCAAAAAAUUAGACAGUGCCAAAAAAUCACUGAAACAGGCACGUAAAACUCAUGAUAACCAUGAACAAGAGAUAAAUGAGUUAGAGAGAGAAUUAGAAGAGGUAGAUGCAAAGAGACGAGAAUUUGAGGAGCAGAUUGAAGAAGAAUCACAAUCUCAAGGUCGUGACCUUCAACUUGAGGAAUCUCAGGUAUUAGAGUACCAGCGACUGAAGGAAGAGGCGGGGAAGAGAUCGGCUAAAUUAUUACAGGAAAUGGACUCAAUUCAGAGAGAGCAGAAGUCAGACCAGGAUAGAUACGAUAAUGAAAUACGUAAGAAGAAUGAACUGUUAGCUAAAAUCAAACAAAAAGAACACGAGAUGGAAGAGAAUAAGAAACGUGUGGAGAAGUUAAAUGAUUAUAUCAGACAGAGUACUCAAGCUAUAGAAGAACAAAGAGUAGCUGAAGAAGAACUAGGAGGGGAGGUUACAACUGCAAAUGAAAGAAUACAACAAAUUGAAAAUGAAUUAUGCUCAAUUGGUGAGCAACUUAGUGAAGCAAAGGUUGAUAAACAUGAGUCGGCUCGAGCUAUGAAGAAAGCAGAAUUAUUGGACAACUUAAAGCGUUUAUAUCCUGGUGUGCAUGGACGAUUGAUAGAUCUGUGUCAACCAAGUCACAAGCGAUACCAGAUAGCUAUCACCAAAUGUCUUGGUAAAUACAUGGAUGCCAUCAUCUGUGACACACUGAAAACAGCAAAGGAAUGUAUCCAGUAUAUGAAGGAACAGAGGAUUGAACCUGAAACCUUUCUUCCCCUUGAUUAUCUAGAUGUGAAACCUGUUAAUGAAAAACUAAGGGAAAUUCGUGAACCAAAGAAUGUAAAAUUGGUAGUUGAUGUAAUCAGAUACGAGCCACCAUCUAUUAAGAAAGCUUUAAUCUUUGCCUGUGGAAAUGCUCUAGUUUGCGAGACGGUAGAGGAUGCUAGAAAAGUGGCGUUCGGAGGUCAUGAGAGACAUAAGUCUGUAGCAUUAGAUGGUACAUUGUUCCAGAAGUCUGGUGUGAUCUCAGGAGGUGCUAGUGAUUUGAAGGCCAAAGCUAGACGUUGGGAUGAAAAAAUGCUUGGACAGUUGAAACAGAAGAAAGAAAAAUUGACAACAGAAUUAAAAGAAAUGUCUAAAAAGAAGAGAAAAGAAUCAGAAUUAAAUACUAUUCGUUCACAGAUUAAAGGUCUUGAGACGAGAUUGAAAUAUUCCAUUACAGACAGGGAUAAUACACAAAAUAAACAUCUAACACAGAAUGAGAAAGAUCUGAGAAAUUAUAAGGAACAAAUCCACUCAUUUGAGCCUAGAAUGCAUCAGUUAGAGAGAUCUAUGAAUGAAAGGGAGGACACGAUAAAAGCAUUGAAGGAUAGAAUGAACAGGGUAGAAGAUGAAUUGUUUGAAGAUUUCUGUGCCCAGAUUGGUGUGGAAAAUAUCAGACAGUAUGAAGAGAGAGAAUUGUUAGUACAACAAGAAAGAGCCAAGAAACGUUUGGAAUUUGAGAACCAAAAGUUCAAACUGCAGAACCAGAUAGAAUUUGAACGGUCCAGAGAUACUCUCGCUAAUGUUAUGAAAUGGGAAAAGGCUGUGACAGAUGAUGAAAAAGAAUUGGAGAAAGUGAAAAAUGACGAGGCAAGAAAUAUGGAGACGAUAGACAGAGAGAUGCAGAAAGCAGAUAGAUGUAAACAACAGAGACUGACUAUAAAGUCACAGGUUGACGACUUUGAGGGACAGAUUAAUGAGAUCAAGAAACGACUGAAUGCACAGAAUAAAGAGAUUGCUGCAGCACAGAAACAAGUUGCUGGCCACGAGACUUGGCUUGAACAGAAACGUGCUGAUAGACAUAGUCUGCUGAAAACUUGCAAGAUGGACAACAUCAACCUGCCUAUGAGAAAGGGCACGAUGGAUGACAUUACACAAGAGAACGAGCCGUCCAGUGCCAUGGAUGGUACCCAGAUGGAUGGUACCCAGUCCGAGACCGGGCUCGACAGUAUGAGCAGUAAAGGUGCAAAGAAAAUAUACGAGAAAGAAGCUUUGAUCAUUAUAGAUUACUCUGGUUUAGAUGACGAUCUCAAAGAGAUUGAUGACCCAUCUGAAGUGAAGAAGAAUAUCGAACAAAUGACUAAAGGAGUAUCUGAUAUGGUGUCUACAUUACAGAGAAUUAAUGCUCCCAAUAUGAAAGCUAUGGAAAAGUUAGAUGGUGUAAAAGAAAGGUUAAUGGAAACUUCAGAGGAAUUUGAAAAUGCCAGGAAAAGGGCCAAGAAAGCAAAACAAGCAUUUGAGAAAGUUAGGAAAGAAAGAUAUGACAGAUUUAUGCACUGUUUUGAUCAUGUAUCCAACAAGAUUGAUGAAAUAUACAAGUCCUUGGCAAGAAACCAGAGUGCUCAGGUAGCCGCAUAUAUUCGUGAGGAAUCACAAAAACAUUUCCAGUGUAUUGUCAUCUCUCUCAAGGAAGAAUUUUACAACAGGGCUGAUGCUCUGAUUGGUAUAUACCCAGAGCAAGGGGAUUGUGUAAUCAGUAAUGUAUUAACAUUGGAUCUGACACAGUACGAGGACCCACACCAAUACGAGGAAGAUGAUCGUACAGCUUUACUUAAUGUUAGAUGAGGAAUACAAACUUUUUUCUUUGAAGGAAAACGUGAAUAAUUGUUUUGUGUAAACAAUAAAUAUGUGUUCAAACAAAUUUAGUG